AUGGAGCUCAUGUUUGGUGCCAAUGGGAACAUCGUCGAGCACAGAGCAUGUGAUGAUCUGGAGUCAUUCUUCUGGAUCUUGUGGAUCAUGUCCGUCAACUAUGAUGGCCCUUUUAAUGUCACUCGUGACUGGGCGGAUAUUGAACACUUAGUGACUAAACUCGCCACUGAGGAAGACAAUUCCACAGUGGAUCUGCACAACACCAAGUUCUCCCAGCAUGUGCAACUCAGAGAAGAAUCUGUGCCUCUGAUUGGUGCACAGGUUCCAGGCUACACGUCUUGGAUGAAGGAUAUGUUUCCAACCACCACCAUCUCCACCCCCGUGACCACCACACCACCUCCCAUUUCCACCUCAGCAUCCACAUCUAAUCCAGCACCGGUCGAAACUGUUGCACAACGAUUACACAAAGGGUUGCGAGCACAGCACAAGUUUGUGAGGGACAUGUGGAAACAUCAACUCAUUGACAAUAAGAAGGCGCAUUUGUAUUGUGUGGGGGAUUUCACUAGUCUGAACGUGCCUGCUUGGGCCAAGCCUGGCGGCCAUGUGAUGGAAUACUGUGAAGUUGCCAUGGAGAAAGUGACGAUGUCAUGGGAAAUGAUGAAGGCUCUCAUCACCCUGUACUUUGCAAAACCUCCAUUCCUCGAGGGGAUGGAAAGGCUUCAUUCUCUCUUCAAAGGCAUCACUUCUACCAGGGAAGGUAAGGUCUUCUGGACGCCACCCCAGCAUGUGCCCACCCAUGACAAAGUCACUUGUAUCCUGGAAGACAUGUUGGAGAGCAUAAAAGGAUAUGACACUUACACCGAUGCGCUUCAAAUUAAAGAUGGCCGCCAGCGAUACGAGGAAUUCUUGAGACACGGACACUUCCCUUCAUUUCCCACUGUUACAGUGGUGGAGAACAAAAGGAAGAGGUCUCUAAAGGUUGCAGGGAAUCUGAAUAGGUCAUCUAACAGCAUUGCUCUUGGGAGUAUGGUUACCCCUGCCAGCAUAGUCUCCUGUGCCAGCAAGCGUGGAGUUGAAUCAUUAGAAUUAAUGAAUGGAGGUGGGCCCCCCCAAAAGAACCCCUGUACCAAAUAG